AACCCAUAAACAAUGCAUCCAGAUUCCUCAACACUACAUGUGAAUAAAGCCCCCCCCCCCAAAAUCAACAUGUCCUCAGCUAGCUAUAUCCAAGCAAAGAAUCAUUCUUCUCACUUCUACCCAACCUCCACUGAUCAUCACAGCCAUGGCUAUACAGUACAUCUUCACGGCCACCCUCUCCCUCUGCCUCUUAAGCUUCGCCUUAAUCCCACCAAGUUGGAGCCUCCACGUGAACACAUGCCGAUCAUAUUGUGGAAACUUAACCAUAGACUACCCAUUCGCGCUACAGUAUGGCUGCGGCCACCCGGGCUUCCGAGACCUCCUCUUUUGCAUGAACGACGUACUCAUGUUCCACAUAACCUCCGGCUCCUACCGCGUCCUAGAAAUAGACUACGCUUAUCAAGCACUUACCCUGCACGACCCUCACAUGUCAACCUGCGACACCAUUGUUCUAGGCGGCAAAGGCAACGGCUUCACCGUCGAGCCCUGGCGCUCGCCUUACAUGAACCCGAUCUCCGACAACGUGUUCAUGCUAAUAGGCUGCUCAGCUCGGUCCCCGCUCUUCCAAGGCUUCCCCGGAAAGCACUUGCCAUGUCGCAACGUUUCCGGCAUGAGCUGCGAGGACUACUAUAGGUGCCCGGCGUGGGACUUGUUGGGUCACAGAGCGGCGGGGUCCAUGUACGGCUCCAACCCACCGGAAUGCUGUGCGGUGCCGUUCGAGGCGAUCAAGGCUAUAAACCUCACCAAGCUCGAGUGUGAAGGGUACACCAGCGCUUUUAGCCUCGCGCCAUUGAAGGUAGAUGGGCCUGGUGGAUGGGCCUAUGGCAUACGUGUAAAAUACUCGGUCCAGGGGAACGAUGAUUUCUGUAGCUCUUGUGAGGCCACCGGUGGCACGUGCGGGUUUGGUACGGAUGGGAUUCGCCAGGUGUGCAUGUGUGGCAGCUUGAAUUCCACGUCAAAUUGCGACUCAGUCAAGUCAUCAUCAAGCAGAAGAACAUGGUCUAUGGUGGACGCAUUAGCAGGACUUUUUAUGGGCAUGUUAGUAUGGGUGACAGCCAAUCAAAAUUGAAGUAGAGGUCCAACGUCACCAUCUUAUAUAUAUGUAUCUCCCAUCUCCCAUCUCCCAUCUCAUGUAAUUAAUGUCAUUUUUACACAUAUAUGCAAGUCUUGCACACACACAUCACACAUGAGAGAGAGGAGAGAGGGAGAGAUGUAAGCAUAUUUGUAGAUUUUUUUUUUUUUUUUUUUUUUUUUUUUUUUUAAGUUCUAAAUUUUUGAGCUUGAGUUUAACAGGGUGAGGGAUUAUUUGGAAGUCCUUGUAUUUUGGUGCAAGAUUUUAAGUACAUUAUCAAGACCAUAUCGGAAAAAAAUUAGCUACAAAUUGAUUU